UAUCCGUGCAGAAUAACAUGUUGAUUUUCUUUGUGAAUGUAAGUCUGGUUAAAUCGUCAGAUAAUUCUCUUCGACAAGACCAGCUCCUGAACAUGCAUUAGUUUAGCUCUUUGAAUUGUCCAACUACUUUGUUUGACCCAUUUUCUCACAAUAAUUUUAAGUUAAUACACCAUAUUACCCUGACGUGUGUGUUUGGAAAGGAGACAUGUUUAUGUGAAUUGAUAUGCUCUAGCUGAUCAUCUUACAAAGUCCAGUGUGGAAAGGGGACAUAUGUAAUGGUUAAGUCUACUCUAUUAUUACCCUAAAAAAAUGUGAUUUGUGCUGUCAAAAAAAAGUUUGCUCUAUUAUGAGGUGGUCCACCAUUAGCUGCAGUACUGCAGUCGUACCAUUUUUAUAUUUGUAUGUAUUGUGUAACAACGGCAGAAUCAAGACUGCAUGUGCAAGCGACAGUUCCUCUGUGUCUGUCUGUUGCUAUCUGGUUGAUGAUGGGAGCAGUGGAAAUGAGAUGAGCUGAGCCCCACCGAGACCCAUCUGAAGCAUGAAGCUGAUUAAUGUUUCAGAAGCAGCCAACAAUGACAGGGAGUUGGUGGAUUGGAUGUAUGUUAAAGGCUGGAGAGAUAAUCUAAUUUGUUUGAGUUAUGAGGCAGUUUCCCAACUCAUCAGUCAUAGUCUUCCAGUGUUUCUCUCUUGCUUCAUUCUUCCCCAGCCUUCCUACACACAGUUUGGUGUUCAGACCUCACAGACUUUGGCUGCUAUGGUUCAGAUUUGUUUACCGAGGAGUAUAACCAUAUCUCGAUGCGCCUUAUGUUGCCCAUUGCAUCAUGUGGAUGGCGCAAGUAGAAGAUGGCCUACUUGUAGAUCACAGUAUUUAGGCUCUACUUAUAGUGCAAGGUCGUCUCCAAACAUUUUGAAAACUGGCAGGGUCGUCGAUCCCUCUGACUCCAAGUAUUUGGAUGGGAGUUCCUCUGCUUCGAGAAGUGGACCAUAUAAUGCAACCAGUCAUCUAUCAGGCACAAUUGGAGUAAUGGGAACAUCUGCCGCUUCCUCUCUCAGAUUUUUAGAGAAGCUUGUGUAUUGGAGUACCCGAGAUGGAGAAGAGACACCUCCCUUCAUCAUCUCCAACGAUCCAUUGGUCAAGAAAGAGUUGUUUUGUGAAAAUUCCCAACUUUCUUCUGAUUGUAACCCUGCUCUUGGGAAAUUAAGGCAUAAGAGAAUUGUCUUGGAGCAAUCUGGAGCAAGCUGCAUCGUAAUGCCAUGCCAGUUGUUACAUGCCUGGCAUGACGAAGUUUCACAGGGUUGCUCAGUUCCUUUCCUUGAUGUUGGAGCUUGCGUUUUGAAGGAACUCAAAGCUGCAAGCUUUAAACCUGUCGAGUAUGGCAGUAAUGUUCGUGUAGGAAUUCUAGCUACAGACAAUAUCAUGACGACUAAUUGUUAUCUAGAUAAGCUGGAGAGCCAGGGUUUUGAGGUAGUCUGUCCCGACAAAGCUUCAAUGGAACACGUGGUGUUACCAGCUGUCAGUGCCUUUAGGAAGGGGGACAUGGAAGGUGCGAGAAAUCUGUUGCAAAUAGCACUCCAGCUUCUACUUGUGAGGGCUGCAAAUGUAAUAAUCCUUGCAUCUGAUGACUUUGUUGAUAUCCUGCCUGAUGAUGACCCACUGCUCAAGAAAUGUAUCGACCCUAUGGAUGCUUUGGUCAGGGAGACCAUUGUGUGCGCAAGAACAGUGAGAUCAUGAGAUGCCUUCAGACUAUUUUGUUCUGGUUCCUUGUAUAGUUGCCCUUUCUGUGCCGAUGAGCACGGAUGCAAAUUUUUAAGGUCAGGAGUAAAAUUCAUUAUGUCAGUAUCACACAGUAAUUCAGUGAGAUCUGGUUAUACUUAAGCUCUGCUGCUCAGUCAAUAAAGAUGCUGGCUUUGUUUGUGAAUUCAGAUUUUUCAGUUUUUCUUAUUUUCUCUGGCGUGGCUCAUCCAAGAAAUUAAAGUUCAUAGAAGAAUCUAGAAAUCAGAAUAGCUGGUGUGAUGUUUCGCUGGAUCAGAUUGCAGAUAGAGCAAAUGAAGACAUCGAAUCUGAACAGCACACAAGCUGCAGCUUUCUGGUUUUUCCAGAUAAUUAUCAGCUGCCUGGACAUAUGUAUUCAGAAGCGAAUAUCCUGCAUCCAUUGCAAAGCGUUCAUCCAUUUGAGAACACCUGUAAUUCACUUUUCCAUUACCAUUUCCAUCCCAGAGGUUGUAACAUGCAUAAUCAAUCGUCAUCAGUGAUGAGUAUGAUCGGGAGUUGCAACAGUGAAUGAUGCUCAGAUUUGACCCAGGAAAGCUGUUGUGGGACCUGGUGACUGGUAUUCUAAAGAAUCUGGUUAUUGGUGUGGAGGGCAUGAAUGUUCUGUGCAGAUGUGGUAUUUCAGAAAGGUGCCCAUGAUGAGUGAGCAAAUGAUUCAGGCUGUCUGCAGACCCUUGCACCAAACAAGUGGCCUGAAUGCCCUUUCCCAUGCAGAAACCAGAGACAAAAAGAAGCAAAGGAAACACCAAUCGGUUGCCUGUGCAUGCUAAGCAGGAAAGAAUACUAUGAUAUAUAUGUACAUUCUGAUGCUUCCUGAUCACAUUUCAUUUUCUCCUCUUCACAAAAGAAUAUGUGCUCUCUCUCUCUCUCUCUCUCUCUCUGUUCAUCUUUUGGAUCAAAUUUAGAUCAAUGGUCUGAGUCA